AUGGCCUUUGAAGAGCUCCUGGAACAAGUUGGUGGCUUGGGGAAAUUCCAGACCCUUCAGGCAGUUGCCAUUCUUCCCAUUCUCAUGAUAAUAAUGUCUCAUUUAUUGUUGGAGAACUUCACUGCGGCCAUCCCGGAUCACCGCUGCUGGGUCCACAUUCUCGACAAUGAUACGGUCUCUACUAACACCACAGAGAGCUUUAGCCCAGACGCCCUCCUGAGAAUCUCCAUCCCACUGGACUCAAACCUGAAGCCAGAGAAGUGUCAGCGCUUCAUCCAUCCCCAAUGGCAGCUGCUCCAGGUGAACGGGACCUUCCCCAACAGGAACGAGGCAGGCACGGAGCCCUGUGUGGACGGCUGGGUGUACGAUCAAACUUUCUUCUCUUCCACCAUCGUGACUGAGUGGAAACUCGUAUGCGAUUAUCAGUCAUAUAAGUCAGUGGCUCAAUCUUUAUUCAUGGCUGGAAUGCUUGUGGGAGGCUUCAUAUAUGGUCAUCUCUCAGACAGAUUUGGGCGGAAGCUGGUUCUCAAAUGGAGCCUCCUGCAGCUCUCUGUCUGGGGCACCUGUGCGGCCUUCGCGCCCACCUUCCUCAUCUACGGCUCCCUGCGCUUCCUGUCAGGUUGUUCUGCUGUGUCCAUCAUGACAAAUGGCGGUUUGCUCCUUCUGGAGUGGGCAAGUUCCCGGUCUAAAGCUUUCAUGAUAACACUGAUAUUCUGUGCCUUUAGUGCUGGACAGAUGGCCCUGGGAGGGCUGGCUUUUGUGUUUCGGGAGUGGCGCACCCUGCAGCUGGUGCUGUCUGUGCCUCUCUUUGUCUUCUUUCUCUCCUCAAGGUGGCUGGUGGAGUCCGCUCGGUGGCUGAUCAUCGCCAACAAACCAGACCGGGGCUUAAAGACACUUCAGCGAGUGGCAUGCAUAAAUGGCAUGAAGAAUGCUGGAGAAGCUCUGAACAUGGAGGUUUUGAGAUCCGCCAUGCAGGAGGAGCUGGAGGCAGCAAAGAAAACACCUUCUGGGUUUGACUUGUUUCGAAUACCCAACAUGCGUAAAAGGACCCUUCUCCUGUUCUUUAUCAGAUUCGCAAACACCAUACCCUUUUAUGGCCUCAUGGUCAACCUGCAGCACUUUGGGAGAAAUAUUUUCCUGUUACAGGUCAUCUUUGGAGCUCUAACUACCUUGGCCCGAUGUCUUGCACUCUGGGCACUGAAUUACACAGGUCGUCGAUUAACCCAGACAUUUAAUUUGUUCCUGCUGGGACUUUUCAUUUUGACCAACACAUUUGUGCCUCCAGAGAUGCAGACCCUGCGAAUGACUUUGGCGUGUGUAGGAAUGAGUUUAAGUGCCUCUGCUUCAACCAGCUUCGCCGUUCAUUUGCUUGAACUCCUCCCCACUGUCCUCAGGGCAAGAGCUUUAGCAGUGGACACAAUGGCUGCGAGGAGUGGAUCAACGCUGGCCCCCCUGCUCAUGAUGCUCGUCGUGUUUCACCCCACUCUGCCCUGGAUCAUCUAUGGAGUCACCCCCAUGCCAGCUGGUCUCCUCGUCCUCCUCCUGCCUGAGACCAAGAAUCAGCCUUUGCCGGACACCAUCCAGGAUGUGGAAAAAUGCAAAAAAAUCUCAAGCAAAGGAAAUGUGAGCAAUUCCUACAUGAAAGUGACAAAAUUUUAA